UCACAAUAGGGACAUCACUUGAAACAGAAAAAUACACGGUCAGAUGUGGAAAGAAAAACAUAAAAUUAUCUUCGUUUCCUCAACGAUUUCCGGGCCCUCCAGCAGGCUCAUGGAGAGCGGAGCCCUGCUUCUCCGUACCGGUGGCAAGAUAAUCGGAUGCCUUUUACAGCAGCGCCGUUAGAUGGUUUCUAUUCGGGAUUAAUUAGUUAACCAAUGGCUCCUCAACAUGCGCUUUCCUCUAACAGCCGCAGCAUUGGCCCCGAGGAUAAAGGGUUGAGUAAUAAAGGACAACCUCGCACUUUCCCUCCGACAGCAUGGAUCUUAUCUCCCGUAAUGGUGGCCUCCUGUCCUUCGAGAAACGUGAAAAAGAUGGGCCCACUAGAAUGGAUGCUGUUUCGGUGGUGUGUGACCAUCAGCGCUAUGCUGAUGCUGAUGAUGCAGGGCUCCACGGCGACUGAAGUUGGGGGAGGUCACCAUGACUUGAUGAGACAUGCUCCUUCUCCCUCUAACCUCUCAGCCAGCCUGCAGAAUGAAGAGAGAACUAGGAAUAAAGACAAAGACGUGAUAAAUGGAACUGAUGGUGAUCCUGCAGCCGUGCCAUCUUGGCCUGUAGGUAAAAUGCUUGCUAAGGACAAAACAGUGGUUAUUGCAGAAACAGAGGCAAUAGUACAGGCUAAAGCAGGUAGGAACAGCUCUACAAGGUCUGAAAUUAUUACAGGCACUGGCAUCUUGGCUGAAGUCAAAGCUGGAAAUAGACUUUUGGAAAGGGGGGGAUCUGACCUGAAAACCAUGUCCAGUGACCCAGCUCCCUGGUUGGGGCUGAAGAGGCUACAAACACACAGAGAGGGUCAAGAAGAGCUGGCACCUUUCUCAUCAGUCCCCACUAUUCGGCCAGAGACAGUGGUGCUCCAGAAACCAGCAUUAAGAAAACCUUUUGGACUGCUGUCUAAAGCUGCUUGGACAAAAAGCUCCUCCUCAUCAUUAUCCAGGGCCUCCUCCUCACUCUCCUCUACAACCAAAGCUCCCUCUCUGCAAUCCUCCUUCACUGCUCCAUCCUCUUCAGCCAGUGACAGAGAAAGUCAAACAGUAGGACCAGUUGGUGGGUCUCUGGAUUUAGCCAACAGCAACUCCUCCAACAGCAACAUCAGCACCAGUUAUGAGGAGUCAGUGAGCAGCCUGCCAGCCUGGGAUCUCCCCACUGUUCCAGAGUCGCUUCUGUCGACUGUGGGUGACCAUGAUGUAACCCUUCCUGCCAAUGUUACCAGCCCUUUUUCCACCCACAAAUGGAACACCACUUUGCCCAUGCGCACAAGAAACACCUCACGGCUCAUGACCACAUCAACCAAAACCAUAAACACAUCUGUAUUACCCAGCACCACCUCAACUUUACAGUUAUCAACCACUGCAAAAGUGCAAACAACAUCAGGAUCUGCCACAGUUUCACACCUGAACACUGUGCUCAAUGAUGGUCUUCAGCCAACAACAGUUACCACAGUGACACCCUCAAUGACCACUCUUACUGUGACCACCACUGAGAUGAUAAAGCAAGCAGUGACCACUGAAAGUGCUGUAACAAAACCACCAUAUACCACUGCUGCUACUGUAAGACAGCAAACGACAAGCUUAAAAAAUGUCACAAAAGUCACUACACUGCCUACAACGCCUUCAACCACAACUGCAACCAUGGCUGCAACCACAACUGCUACAACUACCACCACGACCCCAGUACCCCCCACCACCACCACCACAACAACCAUGGCUUCUACAACCCCUACUACAACCACUACAACUACUUCACCCACAACUACUGCCACCACUACUACCACCACCACAACGACAACAAAAGCACCUGCCACCACUGAGGUCAUCCUGAUCCAAACAACCCUACCUUCAACUACGAAAACAGAAACUCCAUUCGGAACCAGCUCAGAAGAAAGUCCUCUUCCAUGCAACUUAACUAAGAAGUACUGGGUCAAAACAGUUCUGUCAAUCGAGCGACCAGAGAACCGCCUGGACCCUAUCCUGAAACAGAACCUUUUUAAGGGACUCAGCCAUGCUCUACAGAGGGCUCUGAAUGACUCCACUGCCUAUGCACAGGUGGAACAUGAUGACUCUAGUCCCCACAAUGUGACAUUGGGUUACUUUGUGACCAGCGGUAAAACUGUCUACAUUUCCUCCUUGGUGGUUGAGGCACUGAAUAUGUAUGGUUUCGACAAGCUACUGAUAGACAUCAGGCAGCACUGCCCAUUGGUAAAGGCAGUUCUGGUUCCUGUUGCAACCUGGGUGCCUUCUCCAAGUACUCAUUUGCAGCUGAAAACAGUUUUAAGGUUCGUUGGCCCAACGGACAACAUCUUCUCCUGCAGUUUUGUCCAAACUUUGGAGCAGAGACUGGAAAAUGCCUUUGAAGAAGCUCAAGAUAAAGUGCUGGAGACCUACAACAAGCUCACUGUGGAGAUUCAGAAUGUGUUCCAAGAACCAGGAUCUCCAUCAGUCUCUCUUGUCUAUGUGGUGAAGAACCAGGAUACAGUCCUUAAUGGGACAAUAUCCAGUGGCCUCCUUAAGCAACUGACGGCAGAGCUGGUGGGAUACUUUCUUUUCUACCCACCGCUGGUCAUCGCUGAACCUCUUGAAUACCAAAAUCUUAACACAUCAAUGGCUACCAGAAACUAUUGGGUGAAAACAGUUAUUCAGGAUGUGGAUAGCUCCUCCUUGGAAGCCAACUAUCAGAAUUUUGCUAGUCUGAUGGAGCAGCGACUGGCUGAGCUCUUUCUGUUGGCUGGCAGACAGGGUUCCCAAACCGUCCGAUCUCGGCGAGCCACCACUGUAGGGGCUUAUACGGUGCAGAUGGUGAGCAUACGUAGAACGCCUGGUCCCAAGAACCCAGCUGAGAUGACAUACUAUGCCCAGCUACAUGGGGCACCUAUUGCUGGAACAACUGCUGCUAAGACCCUAACCAGUCUGGACUCUCAGACCAUGGCUCUGACGCUGGGAUACUUUGUGCAAGUGCAGGCUGAACCUGUGGUAAAGAUUCCCCCUAGCAACUUGUGGAUCAUGGCUGUUCUGACACCCCUCUUCUUGUUUGUGGUGGUCAUCGGCAUGGUGGUCUUUAUAUUAUGCAAGAGGAAUAGAGUCAUCUUUAAAACUGGAGCCUUCAGGACCUUCAAAACCCGCUCCAAGACCUCAUAUCGAAGGGAGGGCAGUUACCACCACCAGCCGGUCCAGGGCUUUGACUACGCCAAGAAGCACAUGUGUCGAACAGGUGAUGAGUCCAUUUCUGUUAACAAGGACACUCUAGUGCUCGGGCUGCCUGUGCGAGAUGCUCCAUUGUCACUUUCCUUGGAUAAGAAGGUUCAUCAGGAUGGGACUGCUAAUAAGAGGCCUCCAUCUGCUGACAUACACAAAGGAGGGCGGUUGCCAAGCGAUGACAAUGGUUCCAUGUCAAGCAAUGGUUCUGGGAAGCUGAACACCAGUAAGAGCUCAUCAGCCCGAAGACCACCAACCAGCAACAGCAUCAAGAAUGCCAAGGAGGAGCUUCUCAAGAGGAGCACAAAUGAUCCAUACGAGGACCAUUCAGGCUCUUUGCGUCUUAUCACAAUUAAACCAAUGACAGCCCAGCCAACCUACUCUUACCCAUCCUCCUCAUCCCACAGUCAAGACUCUGUUGCUCUCAAUGGGGAGGCAAAUCAUGGUGGGUUGAAACAGAAAUCAGACAUCGAAAACUACAGGAACAAACUGCGUCAGAAAGCUCGAAGGAAGGGGUACGGUGAGUUCUCCCUGUCUGAGAGUGGCAGUCAUGGUUACAGCCAUCGUGAUACUCGACAGAGUCGGCAUGAUAAUGGGAUCAAGGAGCCAAUGACUGCAGAAGAGAAGAGGGCCUCCUUUGCGGGAUGUCACAAGAGAUACUCCCAACCCCGGGAACCCACCUAUUGGAGCAGGCAGUCUUUGAGCAGCCCAAGCCCAGUGGAGACUGAAAUGGACCUGCUUGUGUUGAGAGAAAGAUCAAGGAGGGGCAUCCGUAACAAUGGUUACGAUGGUGAACCUGAACAGUUUGAGGAGACCAACGUGGACCACCUUAUGAGCUCUCUGGGUUACGGAGGUGGAUCUACUGGCACUGGAACAGGAAGUUUAGGGGUAAAAGCUCACCGUGGAUCUGACUCCUCCACACUCAGCUCUCAACCAUCCAUUGAUGAGGUCCGCACACAGAUGCAUAUGUUACUAGGCAACACCUUCAGCCUGGCAUCUCAGGACCAUGACCCUCCUUCUCAUACCAACAGCCAUCACCAUCACCACCACCAUGCCCACAGAGCCUACAAUCCCUCCCACACCAGCCACUACAGUGAUGGUGUGACCAGUGCCCCGGGGACAAUGAACCAUCCCUGUGGGGGAAGGCAGAGAAGCGCAGGCUAUGAGGAUAUGCACCAAUGUAGCCUACCUAAACCAGGUUUCCGUUUCACACAGCUUCCUGAUAUGGGCAUUGGGUCACCGCCACCACUGAUCCCCUCAAGACCGGGACCACCAGCUGGGACCUCACUAAGACGCUCCACUCCUGAUGUCAGUCUUAAGCCUAGAGUAUCAGAGGCCACAGACAUGCAGGCCCAGCAGCUCAAUGCUGCCCCAUUCCUGCCACUGUCCAGGACCCCAUUCCCAGCUGUGACUGUUGACCAGUCGAUCACAAACUACUCAGGAAACCCAAUAACAGCAGUCUAUGCUAUAUCAGCCAACCGCUCGGGUUACUCAGACUACUUUGUCAUGUCACCACCAUCCUCGUACCGUAGUCCAUCCUGGAUGUCCUAUCCACCUGAGCCUGACGAUCUGCCUAGGCAGUGGAAUGAAACACCAAACUCACGUCAUCUUGAAACCAUUUGUUGAAGUCGUCUGCCUGACAAUAAGCGGACACUGAGAAGCCAUAGCUUGGUGUCGCUUUUGAUGAGCAGGAGACCUUUCCUCACCAAAAUGCUCUGGACCGUAUUCCUAUGUAUCCCACCAUUCCUAUCCAUUUUUGUUUCAUCCCCAACUCUUAUUUCCUCUGCCCUGAACUACAGUAUUUUUACCCCCUCUACCCUUUUGAGUUGCAGGUCUAAGCAGUCCUUACCAACCAGAGACCAUCUGCCCCAAAGCCCCUUUUCUCUUAUUUUAUUUUAUUUAUUUAUUUUUUAUUUUUUUUUACCUGUGCAAGUGCUCAGCCAUCUUUUUCUUCUCAAUUUUUGUGAACUUUUCAGCUCCUGGAGUCCCUUGCUUCACUGGCUUCUACUGCCAUUCUUUCACUAUUCCAUGUACGCAGCGACAACUUUUACAGCCAGAGGCUCCUCACACUGCUGAAUCGAACUAGUCUUCUGAUCAUCAAACUGGGCUGUGCCUCCCUAAGUAAUAACAGUGUGCAGUAUAGAUGAAAAAAGUGAGAACAGUGCAGCUUAACAUGCAAUGGGACAAGACAGGCUUUUCUACAAGUUCUCAGCAAUUGUUGUGAAAUAACAGCCAUCUGCACAGCACACAAUGGCACACAGGGCUGUGUUACCAGUACAACAUUGCCCCAGCAAUGGCCAGUAUUCUACUUCUUCUCUGAAACUGACUGGACCAUCCUGGACUUUCCACUGAGGUCCAUCAUAAAGCCAGGAAUGCUGGAAUGACUAAAAACUGUGCUUUUUUGAUGAUUCCCCAAUUCCUAUGUAAACCUUCUGCAGUUGGUUAUUAUGUAUUUUAAAAUUGAGUAAGAAAAAAAACAAACAAACAAAAAAAAAAAGAUGGGGAAAAAGCAUUAAACUUGCACAGUUUUACUUUUGGAUAUUUGUGUAAUUUUGUCUUUUACUUUUGUGCAUUAUUAAUGGUUUUCUUGUAUUAAAAAGAUUGUGAGUGUUUACCAGUCACUCACUUAAUGUCAAGGCAAA